AACCAGCGAGCAGUGAAGGUGUGCAAUCGAGAUCACUGUUGAUUUAGGCUCGAGAUAUUUAGCGUUCCGUUCGUCGAGAACUCGGUAGUUUCCCAUUUGUAGUCUGUGAUCCGGACCGAUAAGAUUUCGACGCGUGACGACUAGUGACAAUCGAAUUAGGGCACGAAAAACACGGAUGUGAAAUCGUUAGAUUUGUGUCACUAACACAGCAGAAGACAAACCAAUCGGUGUUCGAAAUAACAAAAAAAAAAAGAGAAAAGAGCUGACGGCCGUCAGAAAGUAGACAGAAAGUGAAAAACCGUUUCGUGAAAGUAAUUAUCGUCCAACGACCACACGGGCACGGGCGCAGCAGUCGGCGGUGGGGUAGCAGGAGCGGGAAGACAGAAAAAAAAAUCCGAGACGCAGAAGUUCAUCGUUCGUCGUGCGCUGCGGUGGCUGUUCGCACCGUGGAGAGUCUCGUGAUGGAUCGAUUCUUACGGUUCUUCAUCAAGUUUCAUGGCUACGCUAUCGCCAUGGUCAGCAUCUUGUUUGCCCUAGUGAGCGUGCUCUUCACCAGGCUGAAUUAUCAUUACCCGUUAGAGGAGUGGUACAAUUUUCGCUUCUCCGGCAUACCGAUGCUGAUACUGGGAGCAGCUUGGCUGAUGGCAAGUGUGGUACUCAUAAUUGGAGUAUUUAAGGAGUGCAGCCGGUUAAUCUACCCGUACGGUGUCGUCUUUGUCAUGGAGCUGACCACGCUGAUACUGCGGGACGUGUACCUGCUGGUUGCCGGCAAGGACUGGGGUGAGAUGGUGUUUAUUAACAUCAGUGUCGUGUUGCUGCUGUUCAUCAUUCCGUACAUCGCGCUGAGCCUACUCGCACUGCUCAAACUGAUCGAAGUGGAUCCCAUCAUACCGAAAAGCCGUUCCGAUAACUUCGUGCGAUUUGACAACACUCAAACCAACACGGAAGCAUAAAAGUGGCCGAUGGCCGGACCAUGCGUCGCGGUAGGUAUGUGCGUUAUUUGCAGGAAAUUCAUUGCACUUUAUGGACGAGUGCUAUUACGCGUGCGACCACACGAAAGAUGAAUCCGGCCGGACCCAACACCUGAACGAUGGAGCGGAAGAGGAUUAGGGUUUCUUUCUGUUUUUUUUUAUUUCACAUACUGUUUAAGUUAUACGAUAUAAGUUUUGGUCCCGGUGUAAAACGGAACUUUUCUAACGUUUCUUCUUCGCUAUUUUUUCCCGCGAAAAAUACUGGGAGCCUAUCGGAACUGCGCAACACGAUGGCUGCGCUCCUCUCUAGCUGUAAGAGGAACUGUUACUUCAUUCCACGAAUUUUAACACUUAGUACUACUACUACUACUACUACUACUACGACUACGGGGUAAGGUAAUUCGAUCUUGUCUCCACUCGACUGAUCCUAUUAAAUUUUAAUUUCAACAAACUAACUGCGAUGCUACGAUUUUAGCGGUAAGAUUUAUUGACCUCUCGACAAACACCGGCAGGUGACUAGUUAUAAGCAAAUUAUUUAUUCCACAUGAAACUGUUGAUUCUUUCUUAGGCUUUUGUUUUUCAUUCAUCAGUAUUGAACAAUUUUUAAUUAGCAGGCUAACGAAAAAUAU